AUGGAGAGGAGGUUCUGCUCUCCCCCUGCUCUUCCCCAACGGCAUUGCUUUAACAAUGGAAGUCACUCUCCACUCAUGAGCGAGAGUGGGCUCUGUUACUCUCUCUCUCUCUCUCCCCCUUUCUCUCUCUCUCUGAAAACAGAGCCAGGGGAGUAG